AGAAACAUGUAUAUUAUGCUCAUUGCCGGCUGGUGUCUGUAGUUAAGUAUAAUUUUAUCUAACAUGGAGGAUGACGUGUUACAUCAACUCAAUUCAGAUGAAACCUUCAACCCAUUCCUGGAUGAUAAGUUUGAUGUCAAAGCUCAUGCUAAUAAAACUAUCCAAGGAAUUGCUAUAGGAGAACAACUUGCAAAACUUACAGAUGGCAUGGCCAUAUUGGACAAGGAGAUCCAUAAUCAGAUUGUAGAUCAUCAUGAAGAUUUACUUUCCCAGGCUACUGGUGUGGAAACCCUUGAAGGUGUCCUUCAAAUGAUGCAAUCAAGAAUUCAGUCCUUGCUCUCUGCAAUGGAACGAAUUCGGUGCAAAGUAAGUGACCCAUUCAACAAAAUUGUAAUGAGAACUGCACAGCUAAGAAGAUUACAGGAAGCUUGUGAUCUUUUGCGACGGAUUAUCCGCAUACUUUAUCUAAGUAAACGACUACGCAGUCAGCUUGAGGGUGGUGCAAGGGAGAUAACUAAAGCUGCUCAGAGUCUCAAUGAACUCGAUUAUGUAUGUGAAGGAAUGGAUUUAAGUGGAAUUGAGGUGAUUGAAGCAGAUCGCCGAUUCAUUAAACAAGCUCGCAAAGAUGUAGAGGCACAAGCUCAGAAAAUGUUGGAGCAAGGAAUGGAAACACAGAAUCAAAGUCAAGUGGCAACUUCACUGCAAGUGUUCUACAAUCUUAAUUCGCUCUCAGCAACAGUGAAGAAGGUUGUGAACAAUUGUCGUGAAACUCUUCACCAAAAUGUUAAGAACUGUCUUAAUAUGCAGCUUUUACAACAACAGCUCCCCUCACAAGGUCAAGGUGGUCCUGGCCGAGCAUUGAUGCCAGUGACUGGAAACACAGCUGCUUACCGAGCAAAUCUUUGGACUAACAUGGAGAAAUUGAUGGAUAAUAUUUAUGCUGCUUGUGCUCAGAUUCAGCAUUUACAGAAGGUGUUGACAAAGAAACGUGACCCUGUCACUCACAUUUGUUUCAUUGAGGAACUCUCAAAGACUUCAGAUGAACCCAUCAACAUAAUGCAAGAUUUCUGGGAGAGUGUCACUAGUAUUUUGACUGAUGAAUUUAAGGCAGCUGCCCGAGAUACAUCUUUUCUGAAGCAAGCAUUUGAAGGUGAAUACCCCAAAUUGCUACGUUUAUACAACGAUUUAUGGAAAAGGCUUCAUCAGUUUAAUGUUACAUCCAACACAGCUACAAGUGUAAUCCAUACAGAUUUUUCUGCUAUAGAAUCCACUGAUGAUGAUUUCUUUAGUCAAAAGGCAGCCACUAAGACUGGUUAUGACUCUGAGAUGGCACUGAGAAAUACAUUAGCUUCAUUUGAAACUGCUUACUUGUCACGUUCACUUUCCCGCCUUUUUGAUCCAAUUAAUUUGGUGUUUACGAGUGGGUCAUUAAAUCCACCAACCAAGGAAGAAGUUGACAGUAUUGUUAAAACUAUAGCCAGUGAACUGAAUGUGGCUAGUGUUGACACCAAGCUCAGUGUUACUGUGGCCAGAAAUGUCACCAAAACUGUCAAGCUUUUCUGUGUUAAAAGUGAACAAUUGUUGACCACUGAUGGUGAAGCCAGCCAAGUUAUACGUCCAGCCACUCCUGGACAGAUCCGCAAUGCCGUCAUUGUCAACACUCUUUACCAAUUCCAUGUAGCUGUGUCAAAAGUGAUUUCUGGGUUGAACUUUUAUCCUAGUGAAGCCCUAGAAAAUUUGAAUGAAUCUUUGAAGGAUGUUGUUAUGCUGAUGAGUUCAGGCAUACAGCCAUUGCUGUCAUCUAUCUCAGAUGCACUGGAAGCUAUCAUAUUAACCAUUCACCAAGAAGAUUUUUCAGGUGAUGCUCCAACCAGUACUACUGUAGAUGCUCCCUGUUCCCUGUACAUGAAGGAACUACAGAGCUUUAUUGCACGAGCACGCACUGACUAUUUAUCACAGUAUACUUGUGCUGAUUUCAUCUUUAACAGUAUAAAUGGAGUUUGUUGCCGAUGUAUUGAACUGUUUGUGCGACAUGCUUGCUUAAUUCGGCCCCUGGGAGAUGGUGGGAAAAUGAAACUUGCAUCAGAUUUUGCUCAAAUGGAAAGUGCUCUUUCUCCAUUUUGUCAUCGUCCAUCUGAUCUAGGUCGACCCUACCGUCUUCUCAGAGCUUUCAGGCCAUUAUUAUUCCAGUCUAGUGAACAUAUUUCCAGAAAUCCUGUCCUUGGUGAUGUCAUUCCUUAUAGUUUAGUUUUGAGCUUCUUAUUUGCUAGAGCUCCUGCAGAACUUACAUCUCCUCAUCAGAAUGCUGACUGGUCAGUGAGUUAUUAUUCCCAAUGGUUAGAUAAUCACACAUCAGAAAAAGAUAGACUCACAUUUAUUAAAGGCGCACUGGAAGCCUAUGUACAGCAAGUUAAAUGUCGUCAGGGCAAGAAGUUUGCCGACAUAUAUCCUGUUAUGUUAGAAUUGCUUCAACAAGGUCUUCAACAAGCAACCUGACAUAGAAGAAAACUAUUUUUAAACAGUCAAAAUUGUGGGUGAUAAACAGAAAGGGAGUUACAUAUGUAUCUUGUUGAGGGGGAAAAACUUGUUUAUUUAUUUUUUGUAUCAUUAAAUAAAAUUUUGUGUAACAUU